AUGUCUCUAACUGUCCAGACAUUGCAGAGGUUCAGGUGGAUCCUAAACCUUCAGAAAUCAUUGCUGACACAUUGCUUGGAGUAUCUGGGGAUGGACAAAAUGACUUACAUCACUCAUGCUCAAAAGAGUGUGGAGGUUGUGACUCAGUUCUUGAGAUGGUAUGAAGGAGAUCGGAGUAUUCUGGAGAGAAUUGUCACCGGAGAUGAGACAUGGGUGUACCACUAUGACCCGGAGAGCAAAAGGAAGGAGGCACUCCGAGGUCGCAAUUUGCAGUCAUCAGUGGUUGUCCAAUGGCCAAACAGAGAUGUCUGUAUGAAAAGCGGCAAAAAAGAUGGUGGUGGUGGCAACAGAGAAGUGACGGAGAUUGCAAAGCUUUCAGCCCUGGAGAAGGACACCUGUAUGAAGCAAUCCUAUCCAUAUGGUGUUGUAGACAGCUGUAUGAAACACUUCUAUCCAUAUGGUGUUGUAGACACCUAUAUGAAACACUCCUAUCGGUAUGGUUUUGUAGACGCCUGUAUGAAACACUCUUAUCCAUAUGGUGUUGUAGACGCCUUUAUGAAACACUUCUAUCCACAUGGUGUUGUAGACGCCUGUAUGAAACACUUCUAUCCAUAUGGUGUUGUAGACGCCUGUAUAAAACACACCUAUCCAUAUGGUGUUGUAGACGCUUGUAUGAAACACUCUUAUCCAUAUGGUGUUGUAGACGCCUGUAUGAAACACUCCUAUCCGUAUGGUGUUGUAGAUGCCUGUAUGAAACACUUCUAUCCAUAUGGUGUUGUAGACACCUGUAUGAAACACUUCUAUCCAUAUGGUGUUGUAGACGCUUGUAUGAAACACUCCUAUUCAUAUGGUGUUGUAGACGCUUUUGCAGAUCUACAUGCCCUGCCUGCAGGACAGAAGUACGAGAUUGUCCUACCACGGCGAAUUCAUGCCGAGUACAAAAGAGACACUCAGGAUCAAUACCCACAUGUGGAUAUGUAUGAAUUACACAUUGAAGGAAAGCUUCUGGUUCUACACCUGGAGAGGAAUGAGGACCUGAUAGCUGAUAAUUACAAAGAGACAAGUUACCAUCAGGAUGGCACACCGAUAAUGAGAAGCCCUAACAAGAACAUAAAGGAUCACUGUCACUAUCAGGGCUAUGUGGAGAAUGACAGCCAAUCAGUGGCCAGCAUUAGCACCUGCUCUGGGAUAAGCGGGGUCAUCAUGACACAAGGCCGGAGGUUCCUAAUUGAGCCCCAAGACUUGACAAAUGAAGAACAUGUUGUAUAUGAAGAAAAAGAGCCCCCCAAGUCCUGUGCAACAUCUAGUCAACUGUGGGAGGGAUCUAUGUUGGCUCAAGAGGUGUUACCUGCUAUGGAUAAGAAGGAAGAAAUUGACAAACUUCAGAAUUCAUGGAAGUAUAUAGAAAUGUAUAUGGUUGCUGAUAAAUCAUUGUUUGAGAAAUUUAAACAAAAUGCCACAGAUGUGAAAAACAGAAUAUAUGAAGUUACUAAUUACAUGAACAUGGUGUUCAAGGCGAUAAACGUUUCUGUGGUUCUUGUUGGGCUUGAGAUCUGGGAAACAAAGAACCAGAUUGAAGUGAACUCCUCAAUGGGGCAAUGUUUAAGUAACUUCUGUAAAUGGAGGAAGGAAAUGUUAUUGCCUAGAUUAGCACACGACAAUGCUUAUCUCUUCUCGGCUAUAGACUUUGAAGGUUCUACCAUUGGAUUGGCAAAUAUCGGGGUUAUGUGCAAUGAACAAUAUUCUGCUGGAGUUGUCCAGGACUUCACUAAGUCAGCAGCCUUUGUUGGAGCCACAUUUGCCCAUGAGGUUGCCCACAACCUGGGAGUGGAUCAUGAUAAUGUAAACUGCACGUGUUCCUCAUUGACUUGCAUAAUGUCACCAAAUCUCGGUUCUCUCAUCCCUAAUACAUUUAGUCAAUGCAGCCUGGACCAGUUCAAGACUUUCCUGAUGACCAAGGUGCCCACGUGUCUGUUGAAUGAACCCAAUAAAAAGACCAGUAUGGCCCCACCAGUGUGCGGAAACCACUUUGUGGAGAUGGGAGAGCAGUGUGACUGUGGAACUGAACAGGAAUGCACCAAUCCCUGCUGUGAUGCCCUCACAUGUAAUCUGAAAGCAGGAGCUGUAUGUUCAGAUGGGGAAUGCUGUGAGCAGUGUCAGAUUAGGAAAGCAGGAAGUGUGUGCCGACUCAGCCUUCAUGACUGUGACCUUCCAGACAAGUGUGAUGGGAAAUCCAAUCUCUGCCUCGAUCUUUUCGAAACAGACGGAACUUCUUGUAUGAAUGGCCAAGGUUAUUGUCUUCAUGGAAGGUGUCCCAUGCUGGAAAACCAGUGCACUGCCCUGUGGGGUUCAGUAGAGCUACUUGUCUCCUGAUAGGGAUGUUAAAUGUGGCGUGCUCUUCUGCUCUGGUGGAAACCCC